CAACGCUUUAAUUCUCAGACAGAAAUGCAAAAUAAUGUUAGAUUAAUAAUAAACAUAAUUGGUUUAUAAUUUCUAUAUCAAAUAGGUACAUUAAAGUAUCUACGAAAGAUAAAAUCGUGCAUUCAUCACCCAACUUUCCCCUACCCGUAGAAAAUCAGAUGUAAAUAUUGUUCAUUGCAUUUAUUAGACAAAGAGGAUAAGAGAAGUCAAUUAAGAUAAUAAUUUUAAAAGUCUCUGAACUUUGACAUGAGUUUCUCGUGAAAUUGAUUCAGUUGUUGGUUGCCUUUUUAUUACGUACUUAGUACGCCAUUAGUUUUAAUAAUUCACCAACACAUGUCAUAGUUUUUAGAUUUUAUUAUAGAAUAAUUAAUAAAAAAAAAAUGGAGAAGAAAGUAAUUGUGGUUCUUUUAUUUGGAUUGUUUUGUGUUUCUUGUGCACAAGAUGAAGCUGUCGCUCCGCCCACUGAAUACCCUCCGGCCCCACCCGAAGAAGAUGAACCAAUUACAGUCAUGGAAAAUAAAUCGGAGAAGAAAUUAAGUGAAACAAUUAUGACGAUUUUGGAACAUUAUAAGCAAGAUGAUCCACUGGGAAUACCUGGAGCCCCCAUACCAGAUCCCAUGCCGAUUCCGGACAUGAAGAAGUCAUUCUCGAUGGCCAGAUUGAAUAUGAAGAACGUGCAACUCUAUGGACUCAAAAAGUUCAGAAUUGAACACGUGUUAGCUGAUGUGACUGAGAUGAAGGUGGAAGCCACGCUUUCAAUUGACGUAUUGACCGUUCAUGGAAAUUACACAUUGAAUACGCUGUUUUCGAAAGCAGCUGGUCCGUUUACAGUAAAAAUGGGAAAAGUAAAGGUCACUGCCAUAGCAUCAAUGGAAGUAGAAGUAAACGGAACUUUAGAAGCUCAAGAGAUGGAUAUGGAUAUCAAAUUUGAAAGUAUUGAUAUGGAUUUCCAAGGAUUAGGAUUUUUCGCGAAUAUGUUCCAAGGUAUAAUGAACUCUGUGGGGUCAUUUGUCUUCGACUCUAUUAAACCGUUUGUAUUAGCAGAAGCAAACACCAACAUGAGAAAAGACAUAAAUAAAGAAAUAAAAAAAUUCCCGAAAAAGUUUCCAAAUUCCAUAUCGCCCUUCGAUCAACUGGUAUGCGAAGUAAGAAAUCAAGUGCGCGCCAAAGGAUUCGAUCCUUAUUUGGUACCGGAUUAUAACAACAGCGUCGGUAUCUUCGAUGUUGGUCUCACCCAUACUUGGUUGUAUGGUUUGUCUUCGUUCCACAGGACCAGGGAUAUUAAGUUCGAGUUCAAAAAUAAGACCGUUCAUAUAUUUUUGGAAGUUGGUACUGGAGCUAUUAAGGGUACUAGUAAUUGGGAAGUGUCCUUGGUUGCAGGGAUGAUUGCUAAAGAUGGAAAAGUGUCUUUUACUGUUGAUUACAUCAGGGUAAGUUGA